AUGAAUAUUUAUUUCGAAACAGGUAAAUGUCCUUUGGCACCAGUAUUCGAUUUCAUCCAAAGUUCAUCAAUCACGAAAACAAUGUCCAUCGAUGGUAAAUAUAAUUUGUCAACGAAUGGAACAGAUAAUAGUACUGUAUUAACUGGAGCAUAUGUACCAAUGAAGUGCAAUAGUGGUUAUGCACAUGUAGAUGGUCAGCUAAAUAUAACAUGUAUUGAUGAUGAAUGGACUACGUUUCCCACGUGUGUUUCAGUUACUGCUCACGAUUCAGUCAUGACUGGUUCCUUUCAAGCAUCUAAUGCUUUACCUUGUACAGUCGAUGCUACAACAUUUAACAUUACCAAUGGAUAUUCUUCUAAUGCAUCAGUAUCAUCUGUUUCAAGCAACAAAGUGACUGGAUGGAUUCAGUUUGCAUGCAUGCCUGGUUAUGCAAUUGACUCAACAGUUGGCGAAUUAUACAAUUGUAAUAAUGGCGUUUGGUCUACUAAACCACGAUGUUUGACAACUGGUAGAUGUUCGUUUUCUGCACUGCAAGACUUUAUAAUGAAUUCAGCUGGCUUACAAACUACCGGUCAAAGUCAAUUGAUGCAAGUUCCACAAGAAACAAAUUUUGUGCUUGGUGGUUCUUAUAUUGUAGUCACUUGUAUGAAUGGUUACACAAAUACGGGUGGUAAUUUAAAUAUAACUUGUUCUUCAAGUGGUUCAUGGAGUUCGUUUCCGAACUGUAUUUUGAGUGGUGGCAGUGGUGGUGGUGGUGGUGGUGGUGGUGACGGUUCUCAGACUACUCCUAUAGUACCUUCAGGUAAUGCUUGUGUAAUGGAUGCAACAACACUUAAUAUUACAAAUGGAUAUUCUUCUAAUGCAUCAUUAUCAUCUGUGUCAAAUAACAAAGUGACUGGAUGGAUUCAGUUUGGAUGCAUGUCUGGUUACGCACUUGAUCCAAUGAUUGGUGCAUUAUAUACUUGUAAUAAUGGUGUUUGGUCUACUAAGCCACGAUGUUUAACAACUGGUAGAUGUUCGUUUUCUGCAUUGCAAAGCUUUAUAUCGAGUGCACCUGGUUUACAAACUACCGGUCAAAGCCAAUUGAUGCAAGCUCCACCAGAAACAAACGUUGUGCUUGGUGGUUCUUAUAUUGUAGUCACUUGUAUGAAUGGUUACACAAAUACGGGUGGUAAUUUAAAUAUAACUUGUUCGUCAAGUGGUUCAUGGAGUCCGUUUCCGAAUUGUGUUUUGAAUGGUGGCGGUGGUGGUGGUUCUCUGACUACCCCUAUAGUACCAUCAGGUAAUGCUUGUGUAAUGGAUACAACAACACUUAAUAUUACAAAUGGAUAUUCUUCUAAUGCAUCAUUAUCAUCUGUGUCAAGAUGGAUUCAGUUUGCAUGCAUGCCUGGUUACGCACUUGAUUCGAUGAUUGGUGCAUUAUAUACUUGUAAUAAUGGUGUCUGGUCUACUAAGCCACGAUGUCUAAUAACUGGUCGAUGUUCGUUUUUGGCAUUGCAAAACUUCAUGAGCAACAAUAUUGGUUUACAAACUACCGGUCAAAGUCAAUUAAUGCAGGUUCCGCAAGAAACAAACUCAGUUCUCAAUGGUUCUUAUAUUGUGUUUACUUGUAUAAAUGGUUACACAAAUAUGGGUGGUAGUUUAAAUGUAACUUGUUCGUCAAGUGGUUCAUGGAGUCCAUUUCCAAAUUGUGUUUUGAACGGUGGUGGUGGCGGUUCUCAGACUACUCCUAUAGUACCUUCAGGUAAUGCUUGUGUAAUGGAUGUAACAACACUUAAUAUUACAAAUGGAUAUUCUUCUAAUGCAUCAUUAUCAUCUGUGUCAAAUAACAAAGUGACUGGAUGGAUUCAGUUUGGAUGCCUGUCUGGUUACGCACUUGAUCCGAUGAUUGGUGCAUUAUAUACUUGUAAUAAUGGUGUUUGGUCUACUAAGCCACGAUGUUUAAGUAGGUGA